AUGGCCGACAUAGCACAAUGGCGACGCAUGAUCCAGCCUACAAGAUCUCGCACUCCGGCUCUCGAGCCAGACAUACUGGACGAUGCUGCUACUCCAGUCACACCGAAACGAGGACUGAAGCCCAAAUUCUCGUCGUACUUUACACAACUGGCAGGCGUGCCUGAGAUUGAUUUGCCUUUUGGUUCGUCCAUUGACGAUCUCAUGCCACCUCAGCUGCCGAUUUGGCCAGAAGACGAGCCCUAUCCACAGCCCAAUGCGGAAGGCUUAAUCGACUCCAUAAUGUGCCGGCUCAUGUCUGAUCCAUAUGGUAUGCUCGACCCACGUUUCAACGGCAUGAUUUUGCAGAUUUUCGAAUCCUACCGUGCUGCGCUGGAUGAGAAGACACUCUUGCAAGCUCAACUGGAUGACCUCACCCGUGGCCGAAGGUCUAUGGUUCAUAGUCUGCAACAGGCACAGAAGCAGUGGGCCGGAGAGAGGCAAGCUUACAAGGCCGAGAUCAAACGGCUUGAGGUGUUGAUUGCUAAUGGUGCUGGUGGGCUGGCUGAGGUCACGUUAGCAAGGCAGAGUAGCCAGCUCACACAGCAUGAGAAUAUCAGGCGAAGUCAGCAGAUUGACGCUAGUCUUCAAUCUGUAUUCGACUCACUUGAGAGAGCUAAUCGACUUCAUGAGAAGGCUUGGAGCAGUCAAAGAGCUGUCUUCCGCCCACAACCAGUCUCGCCAUCAGCGAAUAUGAAGCGCCUAUCGCAGCAACUCAUGGCUUACGAUGGUGUUGACGAUUGCAAGGACGACAGUCUCGUUGAGACGAUUCCGCGGCCAAGCUCGAGCGUUAGGGGCCAUGUACGCUUCAAUCAGCCGCAGCAGCUAUCUUCCGAGACCCAUCUCCAGCCCGACAGCAGAUGCAGGUCGGUUUCUGAACCCAAGACGAGCCUCUCAGUAGAAACCAUGUCCACUUUCAGCUGCCUGGGAGACCUCCUGCCCGACGAGGCGUCCGGGACUGCGAGUGAGCAGCUUUCGACACCAUCCAAGGACACGAAGAAAUCAACCAAGGCAACGGCAGGUCUUCACAAGCAGCCAUCGCUCAUCGCCAAAGCAUCAGGCCUUCUUCAUCGACUCAUGCCUCAGAGCCACAGUACAGACACCAGACACUUCUCAUUCGAGGCAGGUGAAGAAGCCUUGACACUUGUGCCAGCAGGAAUUCUGGGCAAAAGCGCAUCGCUUCCAUCGUUGACUGAACAGCCACAACGUGCUGUCAUGCCGAUGCUCUCACCUGUAGCUCAAAGCACGACCACUUCUACGACGAUGUCAGACACGAAACGAGCAUCAAGAAUUCCAACUCCUAUCCACACAGGCAAGUCCAUGGCAAGACCACGCAAAGAACGAGACACUUCGUCCUCGGACCUGCUAUGGCCUUUGUGCGGACAACCAAUCGAAGAACUCCAGGGAGCGCCUUCUAACCUCCCAGAGUCUUGUCCCGGCGGCAUGAGUCCUUCCUUCUUCAGUAGCAAUGUUCCAUUGGAUGGAGUAGGCACGAAAGAGCUUCUUCGCUCCGUUCGUGGGAAUGCGUUCGCGAACGCUGCUUUUGCUACCAGGCACAACUCCAAUCUGAAGCGCAGCUAUGAGUCAAGCCAAGUGAAGCGCUGUAUGCAGCUCUAUGGACCACAACUCGAUCAUCUGGCAUCGAGUAUGAAUGAAAGCACCAAGGAGAACGUGCCGCCGCUCGACCUUGAUCGAGAGUAUGAGGUCGAGAGAUCCUGA